AUGGAGUUUGCGGCUCUUAUUGCCUUGACCUUAUUAAUAGGAAUGCUAAUAAUUUUGGUCGCCGUCGCAGUGGGAAAGCAGAAAGGAGAAAUAAGUGAACAACUAGAGCAGAAUGAAGAAGACUCAGUUGGUAAAUUGCUCUCUUAACUUGUUUGCAUAUUAUGUCGCGUUGCUAUGGAUUGCUAUUGUACUAACUUAGCUAGCUGUGAAUGUGUCAAAACAGGUGCAAUUUACACACACUGUAAUAGAAGCCAGUGGCCCUUGAUGAUAGUAACAAUAUAUGUACUCAUUUAAAAGUAUUGACACCAGGUCAAAAAAGGUUAAAUGUAGCCAGCUGUAAACUUGUUGCUGGAGGAAAAGUUAUGGAAGAAAGUUUGAAUGAAAUGGUGACCAAAACAUUGUAUUAUUGUUACAGAAUUGUGAAUGUUUUAUGAGGCAACAUCUUACGGUUCCCAGAGGAGAAAUCAACCUGAACAUUUUGAUAAUGAGAAACAUGAUAUAGGCUACCUACACUAUAUAUACAAAAGUAUAUGGACACCCCAUUCAAAUUAGUAGAUUCGGCUAUUUCAGCCACACCUGUUGCUGACAGGUGUAUAAAAUUGAGCACACAGCCAUGCAAUCUCUAUAGACAAACAUUGACAGUAGAAUGGCCUUACUGGAGCGCUCAGUGACUUUUCAACAUGGCACCGUCAUAGGAUGCCACCUUUCCAACAAGUCAGUUCGUCAAGUUUCUGCCCUGCUUGAGCUUCCCCGGUCAACUGUAAGUGCUGUUAUUGUGAAGUGGAAAUGUCUAGGAGCAACAACGGCUCAGCCGUGAAGUGGUAGGCCACACAAGCUCACAGAACAGGACCGCUGAAGCGCAUACCGAGUUUCAAACGUCAGCACAAGAACUGUUUGUUGGGAGCUUCAUGAAAUGGGUUUCCAUGGCCGAGCAGCCGCACACAAGCCUAAGGUCACCAUGCGCAAUGCCAAGCAUCGGCUGGAGUGGUGUAAAUCUCUCCGCCAUUGGACUCUUCGGCAGUGGAAACACGUUCUCUGGAGUGAUGAAUCACGCUUCACCAUCUGGCAGUCCGACGGACAAAUCUGGGUUUGGCGGAUCCCAGGAGAACGCUACUUGCCCGAAUGCAUAGUGCCAACUGUAAAGUUUGGUGGGUGAGGAACAAUGGUCUGGGGCUGUUUUUCAUGGUUCGGACUAGGCCCCUUAGUUCCAGUGAAGGGAAAUCUUAACGCUACAGCGUUAAAUGACAUUCUAGACGACGCUGUGCUUUCAACUUUGUGGUAACAGUUUGGGGAAGGCCCUUUCCUGUUUCAGCAUGACAAUGCCCCUGUGCACAAAGCGAGGUCCAUACAGAAAUGGUUUGUCGAGAUCGGUGUGGAAGAACUUGACUGGCCUGCACAGAGUCCUGACCUCAACCCCAUCGAACACCCUUGGGAUGAAUUGGAACGCCGACUGCGAGCCAGGCCUAAUCGCCCAACAUCAGUGCCCGACCUCACUAAUGCUCUUGUGGCUGAAUGGAAGCAAGUCCCCGCAGCAAUGUUCCAACAUCUUGUGGAAAGCCUUCCCAGAAGAGUGGAGGCUGUUAUAGUAGCAAAGGGGGGACCAACUCCAUAUUAAUGCCCAUGAUUUUGGAAUGAGAUGUUCGACGAGCAUGUGUCCACAUACACUACAUGACAAAAAGUAUCUUGGUUAGCCUCUAUGGAAGGUACUAGAAAGUGUCUUCUUGAACGUCUUGUGUAAUGUAAUGCCAAUUCAUCCCCUGCGGCAGAGAAAAAUGCAGUGAAGGCUCCCACUGCCAAGAAACAGAAACAACAACAGCGUCCUCGCAAGGAGAAAGCCCAGCAGCACACUUUCAGCCACCCUCUCCUGGCAUCCUCCUUGAAGGUGGGCCACGCUUUACAUACUAUGAACUCUAUAUUUGCCAUAUUUAGGCAUACUCUGCCUAUCUAAUCAAUUCUAAAAACCAUCCCACAGGCCACAGUCUUGUGUAAUGCUCCUCCAACAAGGCUCACAGAACAUAAUGUAAUGACAGUGGUGUGUGACGACGUUGCAGAAUUAUCUGAUGCUUGAUCAUUGCUUGGCUCACUCGUCUCUCUCUCUCCCCAGAGUCACAGUGGAAAUGUGACGUCCCUGGACUUCAGCAGCAACGGGAAGUACCUAGCCACCUGUGCUGAUGACCGCACCGUCAGGAUAUGGAGCACCAAGGAAUUCCUUGACAGAGACCACAAAUGUCUGAGGGUCAACGUAGAGCUGGACCACGCCACGAUGGUCUGUUUCAGCCCUGAUUCAAGGUAUACACACACACACACUCCUGUCCAUAACAAAGGGUAUAUAUAGAUGGGUGGAUAGAGCCUCUUGUCUUUCUAUACUUACUCUGUCUUGGUAUGAAGGGCCUUCAUUACUUGGCUGGCUAACGGAGAUACCAUUCGCAUCUUCAAGAUGACCAAGAAGGAUGAUGGUAGCUUCACUUUCAAUGCUGCCCCUGAAGACUUCCCUCAGAAACACAAGGCCAAUGUCAUCAAUAUCGGCAUCGCAGAGACGGGUAUGACGGCUAAAUGUAUUCAGACUGAAUGAUUAAAAGGCAGGAAGAUGUGACUGCGUGAUAUGCACAUUUUUCAAAAGUUAUGAACGUUAGAAGUUAUGGAAGAAACCCUUGUUCCAGUUGUCGUCUAAACUCUAAUUUCUCUCCCUUUUUUGUUUUCUGUGUUCCAGGCAAGUUCAUCAUGAGUGCCUCCACCGACACCAAUAUCCUCAUUUGGGACCUGAAAGGAGAGGUACUGGCCUCUAUCAUCACCAACCAGAUGACCAACUCCUACGCUGCCAUCUCACCCUGUGGAAGGUCAGUACCGUCCUCUAAAUCUGUGUGUGUGUGUGUGGGGGGGGGUUAUAGCUAAUGUAAUAGUGAUCUCAGGUAAAUAAUUUUUGGAUGGUUCUGUCUUCAGGUUUGUGGCUUCCUGUGGCUUCACUCCUGACGUGAAGGUGUGGGAGGUGUGCUUCGGGAAGGGUGGCGACUUCAAAGAGGUGACCCGCGCCUUCGACCUGAAGGGCCAUUCAGCAGGGGUCCACUCCUUUGCCUUCUCUAACGACUCACGCAGGUAAGGCAUGCAUUGUGUGGUAUCCUAUCGAAACAUCAAUGGUUGAUUUCCAUGGAUGACAUUAUGAUUACAUUCAUAAGGUAGAUUUCCCCAUUGACAUUUGAAACCGUCUCCUGUUUCCCCCAGAAUGGCCACCGUCUCCAAGGACGGCACGUGGCGGCUGUGGGACACAGACGUGGAGUACAAGAAGCAACAGGACCCCUACCUCCUGAAGUCGGUACCUUGCCAGUCGUCGGAAGGCAGCCGGGUGGCCCUGUCGCCAGACGCCCGCGUGGUGGCUAUCUCCAACCGCUGCAGCGUGGCCAUGUACAGCACCUCCACGGGUCAGCUGGAGGAGGAGUUCCAUGGAGUCCACAGCGAGGAGAUCACUGAGCUUAGGUUUGACAUCAACAGCCGCUACCUGGUGUGCAGCGGGGACCGGGCGGUGCGUGUGUUCCACAAUGCGCCGGGCUACCGUGCGGCCAUCCAGGACAUGCAGGCCAUGCUGAAGAAGGCCCAGAACGAGGGCAUGAAACAAAGGCUGCAACAGCAGAUACAGGAGGCGCAGAGCGCGCUGGACACUGUGCUCACGGCACCCAAGGACUAA